GAGAGAGGGGAAACACGUGUGUGUGAGGUGUGUGUUAGUGUCUGUGUGAAAGAUAAAGUGAGGGAGUGACGGAGAGAGAGAGAGAGAGAGAGAGAGAGAGAGAGAGGAAAACUGCAAAAUCUGUCAAGGUUUCCGGGCGCUCGGUUAUUCCUCUCGACGCCUGUGCUCCGCUGAGUUGGGUCGCGUGGUAAAGGAUGAGUUCUUUUAGCACCAAGGCACUGACGCUCCUGUCGUCUGUGUUUGGGGCAUGCGGGCUACUCCUGGUGGGCGUAGCUGUGUCUACAGACUACUGGUUGUUAAUGGAAGAGGGCAUUGUUCUGCAACAGAACCAAACCAAUGAAGUGAAGAUGGCCCUGCAUUCUGGACUCUGGAGGGUCUGUUUUGUGGCUGGGCCAGAGAAGGGGAGAUGUGUGGCAUCUGAAUACUUCACAGAGCCAGAAAUAGAGAUCACCACUGAGAACACUGCCAAUAUACUGAAAAUGGUAAGAACGGCCACCCCCUUCCCCAUGGUCUCACUUCUUUUUGUCUUUACGGCCUUCGUCAUAAGUAACAUCGGCCACAUCCGUCCCCAGCGCACCAUUUUGGCCUUUGUCUCUGGAAUCUUCUUCAUCUUAUCAGGUUUAAGUUUAGUGGUUGGUCUGGUGCUGUAUAUCUCGAGUAUAAAUGAUGAAGUGAUGAACAGGCCCCGGGAACCAGAGCAGUUCUUUCAUUACCAUUAUGGCUGGUCAUUUGCUUUUGCUGCCAGCUCCUUUCUGCUAAAAGAGGGUGCUGGGGUUAUGUCCGUCUAUCUCUUCAUGAAACGCUAUGCAGAGGAGGAGAUGUACCGGCCCCACCCUGCACUCUAUCGUCCUCGUCUGUCUGAAUGCAGUGACUACAGCGGCCAAUACCUGCACCCCGACUCCUGGCCUCCUCCUCAGCGUGGACGUAGCGCCUCUGAGGUGUCCAGUGACAUCUCCAUUCAACUCAACCAGACCCCGCUGCCUCCACCCAAAAGCAGCAGGCCAUCCAAUCCACACUCUUCAUCAGGGCCCUCCUCCGGGGCCAGCUAUCACCUCCCACCUGCCUCCUCCUCCUCUUCCUCUUCCUAUCCUCACACCAUCCACUCCUCCCAUUCCGGUGGCCCCGUCCCUCAGUCCCUCCCAAUGGCCACACCCCCAGCCGCUGUGCCACCCCCUCGCUACCAUGCCCACAUGCGCAUGAGCGCCUCCCCAUGUUAGAAGAAAAAGUACUUCAGAGAGUAGUAUAACAUGCGCAAGCAGAAAUAUACAUAUAACUUCAAGUAGGAGGGAGGCUUAAAGGGGCUUUUAAAACUCCAGAGACUAUGGGAGCAAAAUGGAAAAAGGGGUGCUAACAAGUUGAAAAGUUGUAGACAAGGAAGCACUUCACUUACAAUUCUGUGCCUGAGCCUGACCGACAUUUUACGUAAUAGAUUUUCAGAGCGCAAUUUUUAAGUGAGGGAAAAGUGACAUUAGCAUUUAUACAUAUAGAAAGAAUGUAUGGUGUAGAAAGAAAACAAUAUUGUAGUGAAAGAGAAAAUAUUCAUAGAAGACUGCAUAAAUAGUUGAGAACAAUUGUAUACAUAUUUAAAUUUGUAUGUAAAGUGUGUAAAUCUUAAUGAAGUUCUUAUUGCACAUCAUAACAACAUUUUCCCUCCCUUAUCUGAUAUCAUAGAAAAAUAGUCUUUUUCUAUCUCAUGAGAAAAAACUAUGUAUACCAUUUUUGUCUUGUUUGUACUGACAAGCAAAAAGACACGAAUGUGGGAGAUUUCUUUAAAUGGUAUGGCAGAUUUAAGUGGACAAGAGCAUAAAUUCUGUACAUAAUAGCAUCUGUAUCAUUAGCAAACUCACUCCAAAAGGGUUGUGUAGUCAUGUAGCGUAGUCAAAAGCCUCAUUUUUAUCAUCUUGACAUCCAAACUUUAGGAGCAAGGGUCCAUGACCUAAGCACCACUCUCUGUUUUGUCCAGUGCUAUCAAUUUGUAAUGUUUUUAGAUUUGUACAUGAAGGUAGAUGUUCUAAAAAGCUGGCUGAUAUUUCUUUACUGGGAUGUUGUACGCUUGGCCCCAUGGCCCUCAAUAUGCUUUGUGUUUCUUGUGCUCUCAUAUUCAAAAAACUAUUUUCCAAAAAACCAUUUAGCAGUGGUAGAGCUCGACAGAAAUGGAAACUUUCUAAAACUGUUACCUUAAAGGAAUAUUCCAGAUUCAAUUCAGUGUUGUUAUGCUCAAUCAACAGAAUUUGUGUCACAUUUAUUAGACUCAAUCUCUCCAUUUCUUUAAAAGCGAAAAUCUGAGUAACAGUAAGGCACUUACAAUGGAAGUAAAUGGGGCCAAUCCGUAAACGUUAAAAUACUCACUGUUUCAAAAGUAUAGCCACAAGACAUAGACAAUAUGUGUGUUAACAUGAUUUUAGUGUGAUAAAAUCACUUACUAACCUUUUCUGUGUAAAGUUAUAGCAAAUUUUCUUCAAACUUCGUUGCCUUGAUGACCUAACACAGUAAACCCUAAAACGACCAUAAAAAUGACUAUUUAAACAACUUUACAGCUCAAAUAAUACACAAGUUUAAACAGAAAAAUGUAUGUAAGUGCUUUAUAAAAUUAUAAGCUUCACAUUUCUGCCUUUAAACCCUCCAAAAAUUGGCCCCAUUCACUUACAUUGUAAGUGCCUCACUGUAACCUCAAUUUUAUUUAUUUUUUUUAAAGAAAAGGAGGGACAAGUCAAAAUUAGUUUUUGUGGUCAUCUAUAUUAUGCCACAAAUGCUGUCGACUGAGCUUAACUUGCAUUGAACCCAGAAUAUUCCUCUGCAAAUAUUUACAUUAACCUAAAGGAGGUUGUCAGUUGAUCUCCUAUACGAAUGCAGGAAAUAUAAAAAUAUAAAAAAACUUUGAAACUAUUUUUCUCAGUUUUGUCGGCGUAGUUACUGAGGUUUGCCUUUGUAGGCAAUAUUCCUUAACAGAAUAAUCUCCUAUACUGUUCUAUCAUCAUCUUAAAAAUGCAGCAUUUAUUUCUCUUGUACUAUUACUACAACUAAUAAGCUAUUGUUUAUUAUACAACAAUUAUUUUAGUAAACCUACUUAUAUAUGUUAUAUUAUAAUAGAAACUAUUGCAGAGAUCUUGUAUUAAGAGUAAUAUGGGUUAGUAAGCAGAUAAUGAACAGGACAGAUUAUAUAUAUAUAUAUAUAUAUAUAUAUGUAAUCUGUAAUUCCAGCAGAACAUGUUCCUAAAUUUAUCCAUAUGGCUAUUCUCUCAUGUGCCUAUAAUGCCCCUUAAAUUACAAGAUAAUGCUUUUGUGAAAUGAACAGCCUCAAAUCAGCACAUUGGGAACAUAAAGUACAGUACUAGAAAUGCUGUAUGAAGGCCUUUAAUAGCACAAAGCAAUUAGCAAUGCAAUGUUUUGCAAUGUAAUAUAAUAAUAUCAUUCUCUUGUAACAAUAAUUCAGAGACUAUUUUGCUCAUUCUUGCUUCCCCAAGUAUCUUCUUCCACCUAGUGGUUAGUAAUUAUUAUUACAUCAAAGAAUUCUGGUUACAUCUUGUCUGAAACUGCACAACAAGCUACAUGAAAUCUGUAAUCAGUUCUGACAGAUCAGUAAAUCCUGAAUCAGCACGUCUUUACCUAGUGCCUGCAGAUUCUGCAUUGAAUGAGCAAUGCGGUAUAGAGAAUCUGUACAAUUUUCACACUAAUAAAUCCUUCCCAUUACCUAAUGCAUAUAACAAGUAGAAUAUUGUAGACAAAUAUCCCCAAAUGUGAAUAUCAACUAUUAGCUACUAUUAUCAUAAUUAAUUACUCUCUAACCAACUCUAAUUAUCUUAUUUUAAAUACUAAAAAAUAAAUAUCUUAAUGCACAAAAGCAUUAAACAUAAUUUUUUAAAUUGCAAUAAAUGAUAGAGUAGAUUUUCUAAAAAUAAAUACGAAUAUUUAUGAAAACCAGACCUAGUUCCUGCUGGAUUAGUGAAGAAAUAUAAAGAAUGACAAUUUAUAUUAUAACCACAUUACAGGUGAAAUAUGCAGAAGUGUAGUUAUUAUAUGAUAUAUAAAUUUAAUUAUAUGGGGAAUUUAAAUCCUAAUAUUUAUUCAUUGAAGUGUUGCUGGAGGUACAAAUAAAGUCUGCUUUUACUGUGUCUAAAAAAAAAAAAAAAAAAAAAUUGAAUAUCUGUUUUCGUUUUUUGUCUUUUAUUAAUAAUCGCUUUAGAAGAAGCUUUUUGCUCUCACGGUUCCUGCUGACAUUUGUUGUCUUAUUUUCUAUACUGAGGGGCCUGGCUUAUAAAUAUGUAUGUACCAUUUUGCAUCACUUUUUUUUUUUCCAUCUUCAUACCCUUUACCUCUGUAUCUUCUUUUCUUUUAUCCGGGUGGGCUGUCCUUUGUCUUGAUUUGUCUCUCUCAAAGUCCCAUUAGGCUAAAGCUGCCGAGCUCAUUUGAUUGGUCUUUUUUCUUAUACACCUCUCUCCCUCUCUCUCUUCUCCCUCCCUCUGUCCUCCCUUUCUUUAGUUGUACAUGUUUUUGUCUGUUAUCCCAGUUUUGCAUGCUAUUCAUUCCAUAAUGCCAAAGCAAUUGUGCCUGAUACUUAAGAUGAUGAUGACAGUUAUUAUUAUUAUUAUUAUUAUUCCAAUUGUGGCAUUUCUUCUUUGUAAUCUGAAAUUUGCUUAAUAAAAAAUAAGAAAUAAAAAAACCUUGCACAUUAAAUGUCUCAUUUUUU